AUGUCAGCCAGGGUAAUGACGCCAGUGAAAGCGGUGGAGUGUAUGACCGAGAAGCCCUUGACCGUCGCGCUGACGAUCGAGUUAGACGGAGUACGCUCCAGCGUGAAAGGCUUGCUCGCCAUCGGGAGCUUGAUCGGCUGCAGCGGCCACGCGUCCAUUCUUCCAGUAAUGUCCGCGUCAGACGAAAUGCAAGACAGCGAAGAGCUCGACAGAACGAGAAAGCGCGACUCGAUUCGGCAUGUGCAUCUUGUGGGCGCAAUUAGCUUGCAAGUGAGUCGGAUAAGAACUGAAGGCAUUGAGGUGGAAGAUAGUCCGCGGUGCCGCGCAUUUCUUCGAAAGAUUGAGUUGGCCGCCAAAAAGGAUAUUCGAGUCGUCGAUUCGGUGGAGGUCAAUGGGCUCGAUGAAGAGGCUGCGUCUGAAUUCGGAGGAAAAGACGAAGAAAUGUCUCCGCGCGGGACUACCAGUUACAAAUUGUAA